AUGAUUGCGUUACAAAAUCGGCCUAUCUUGCCACCCGCCAAAGUGGAUAUCUCACUGCUACUGAAGCCCCAAGAUGAGGAAGAAGCCACCCCGACUUCGCUCUAUCCACCGAGAUCCUCUCUCGCGGGGCCGCCUCCCGGGACGCCCGCUCCCAUCUUGACGGGCCCAGCGCCGGGUGCAAUCCCGCCGUCGUUGAUCAAAACAGGUCCGUCCGGGUCGGCGAAACGCCUGCAACCGGCGCAUACGGCCGAGUCGCCCGCCAAGAAGCAAUCCAAAUGGUCUCCCGAGGAAGAUGCCUUGAUCAUUGAGCUGCGUGGCAGCGGCAUGAAGUGGGAGGAUAUCAGCAAGCGACUGCCUGGCCGCAGCGCGAUCAGCUGUCGUCUUCACUAUCAGAACUACCUGGAACGCCGGAGCGAGUGGGAUGAGGAUAAGAAGAACAAGUUGGCCCGCUUAUAUGAACGAUUCAAGGCAGAAAUGUGGUCCAAGGUGGCGGAGGAAAUGGCCAUCCCAUGGCGGGCGGCCGAAGCCAUGCAUUGGCAACUGGGGGAACAGGAGAUGGCCCGCCGCGCCGGCGUGGUGCCCUUCUCCUUGUCGAGUACCGCCAUCGAUCCCCCAACCACCAGAACUCGCCGCGCGAGCACCUCUCUGUCCCGGCCGCGCAAGACCUCCCUCUCGCGCGCAAUCCCCGGCCAUCCCCCGGGCCUACCGCCGCAGCUGCCCUCCCUCGAGGAGCUGACCGCUGGGGUGCCCGCGUACGCACCUCCUGCCCCGCCCCCACCACGAGAGUACUAUGGAGUGGGACGGCCACCGGAGAUGGGCAUCCCCCCACCGGGCCUCAUGGGCCCUCAUCUGGGAAUGCCCCCUCGAACUCUGCCCUAA